AUGCUUAUUAGUAGCUUUUUAAGGAGAAUCAUCCAAGCCAUAAAAGCCAGCAUUUGGUAUAACACAGCUGCACAGGAACCCAUUGACAGAGCCACCGAGCAGAAAGUUCUAACCGUAAGCCAACCUAAUACUAUCUACUGGCAUCCCAAUUUUCACUCCGACCAAUCCGUGCAGAAGUACUUUGUGCAAGAGACAGGAGAUGGUACCUGUCGGCUAGAUAAAUCACAACUAUACACGACCUCUCCGAAGAAUUCCUUCUUCACGCCCGACCACAAACUCAUCGUACGCGCCAUUUCUCAGCCAGGUUCAGCCGUGAAUAAAUACACGUCGGCCUAUCUCGUAUCGCGGCCGACACUUGCACGUGACAAAGGCUGUGUGACGGCUUGGAUAACGACUCCAUGUGCGACGGGCAUUUGGCCUGCAUUUUGGCUACGACCGGCCCGACCUUAUAAUUGGCCUACAGACGGAGAAGUUAAAAUAUGUGAAUGGUGGAACCAAAAUCCACUAAACCAUAGCUGCAUUCAUUGGGGCCAAUACAACGAUGAGGAUAAGGAAAAACAUAGAAUUGUUAAGACAUCUCUACACGAAACUCCAGUCAUACACCAAUAUUCUUUUGUGUGGGAGCAGGCACCCAGUGGUGUGGGGGGUCGGAUGUUGUGGUAUAUUGAUGAGUGUCCUGUCAUGCGUGCUAGCAUCCCAGAUGGCAUUCGACCUAUGCGGGACUUUCAGAUUAUCUUGAACGUGGCUAUGGGAGGUAAUGUCUGUCAAGAUCGACUGCCAGCCGAGGGCGUGUAUGACUUGGUAGUGCACGAUCUGAAGUUGAUGGAAGAACCACAAGGGGGAUGGGCAGUAUUCAAUCGAGACUGGGAACGUGAAAUUGAAGGACAGCCUUGGGAAUAA